AGUUUGGAACGCGCAACCGUUAAAACGUGAAACGUCUGCAGCGGAAAUUUUGAGUGUCGCGCUGUAAUAUUUAAAUCGAAAUUGAAAAUCGCCGUCGUCGCUGUUGCUGUUGUCACUUUUUGUUUUUUUUUUUUAGUCAAUUGCCAUUUUUUGUUGUUGUUUUUUUAUUAGCAUUUCCGUUAGCUGAUUUCGAAUUCGCCGCAACAUGCAACGAGUGCAAGUGAGCAGCGUCCUGAUCCUGGCCAUGUUUGCCUUCGGUCACGGCUUAGCCGUCGGCACACCCGAGUGCCCCGAGAAAUAUGGCGAACAGGCCUAUGCGCAUACCGAGAACUGCGAUCAGUUCUUCCUCUGCACCAACGGCACUCUGACCCUGGAGACCUGUGAGAAUGGUCUGCUGUUCGAUGGCAAGGGCGCCGUUCACAAUCACUGCAACUACAAUUGGGCCGUCGACUGCAAGGGACGCCACUGGGAUCCCACGCCUAUUUCAACACCCGGCUGCGAGUAUCAGUUUGGGCUGUAUGCGGUGUCCAAGGAUUGCUCGACCACGUACAUCAAGUGCGCCCAUGGCGAGCCCCACGAGCAGGACUGCGAUGCUGGCUUGGCCUACGAUGAACGCAUCCAUGGCUGCAACUGGCCCGAUCAGCUCCUUGAUCACUGCAAUCCCGAGGCUGUUGUUGGCUUCAAGUGCCCAACGAAGGUGGAUCCCAAUUCGGUUGCCGCACGCUUUUGGCCGUUCCCCCGCUUCCCGGUGUCGGGUGACUGCCAUCGCCUGAUCACCUGCGUCGAGGGCUAUCCGCGCCUCAUCAGCUGCGGCGAUGAUAAGGUCUUCGAUGAGCACACGCUGACAUGCGAGGAGCCCGAAUAUGCCAGUGGCGGUUGUGCCAGCUAUGGCAAAUAGUGUGAACCACACACACACACACACACGCAACACACACACACGCACACACACAACUGUACAUAUGUACAUAUAUAUGUAAAGAGCUGCGCUCAAAGCUCACUUCAGCUCUCUCUGUAUAUCUCUGUCUCGCUCGCUCGCUCUCUUGUUUUCUUUUCUUCCGUUACUUUGACACGCUCUUCCUCUCUCUCUCUCACUCACUGCCUAUCCCAGUCGCACUCGUUCCCGUUUCCUAGCAUUAAAUAUUGCAAUAAUUAUUGAUAAUUUUCCCUUCUUUUUUAACAAUCAUUUGUAAAGUUUUUUUUUUGUUAUUUUCAAAAAAUGAGCACAAAAUGCAAUAAACCUUAAAUUUAUUUAUUGUAAUAUUUUUGAAAAGUGAAAA